AUUAAAUAAGUACCCUUGAUAUUAUAAUUUUUGAUAAUAUAAAAAUAGACUGUCAAGUAAUUUGCUAUUAUUAUCAACAAAUAAGUCAUAAUAAAUUAUUGCAAAAUCUAAUACCGUUCCCAUAAUGGCCUCCGUGUCGAAGUCAAACAACACGCAUAUCACCGAAAAGAUAGACACAUCGGAAGUCCGGUUACAAGAGAGAAUUGACAAAGGAUCAUUUGGUACAGUGCACAAGGCGAUUUGGAGAAAUCGUAAGGUUGCCGUAAAGUUAAUUGAUAAGGAACAGGAAAAGGAUUUUAAAAUUGAGGAAGCUCAAUUGUCUAAGCUAGACCAUAAAAAUAUUGUCAGACUGCUGGCCACAUGUCGAGAUAAAGAAAACCUAUGGUUGGUCAUGGAGUUGGCAGAGGACGGCAGUCUAUAUAAGGAGCAAAGCCUUAAUAUUACCCUGAACAUUCAUUAA